AUGGAAGGCUCCGCGCGCGACAGCGAUCGCGACCCAAGCCCGCUCUCCGACGCUCCCGAUGAGCAAGGCGCCGAAGAAAUAAAUCGGAGACAGUCUCGACGUGUUCGCCGAAAGCCAGAACUAUAUUCUUCGCAAACUUUUACUCCCAGUUCGACGAAGCGAAAGCGCACUGGCUCACGCGCCGGGGAUGAUGAGAGUGGCGCAUCGGACGCAGGAGCCGCAAACAGUGAGGAAUCUGGAGAUGAAGACCAAGAAGAUGAAGAGAGUAGUGAGGAAGGGCCUGACGAGGAAGAAAUGAAACGGAGGAGAAAACUUACAAAAAAGGCCUCGAAGAAAACGGUCAAGAAUGGGGUUAAGAAUGCACCCUCGAAGGCUAAACGCGCAGCCAAAAAACCAAAGAUGGCAAAUAGCAUUGAAGCGGAACUCGCAUUUCGCCCUCUCCUCAAUGGUGGGAAAAAGGCUCCCUCAAGGCCGAGGAAACCGCGUGUCCGACCCAGUGGAUUUGCAGGCGAAGAGGGUUUAUAUGCUGAGGUUUUUGCCAGAGGCCAUACUACCGAUGCCGUCGCUGCGGAAUGGCUUACAAAAUACGAACAACACAACAUUGAUGCGAUGUGUGACCUGGUCAACUUUGUUCUACGCUGCUCGGGGACCGUUUUAAAGGUUGAUGAACACGACAUAGAGGACGUAGACAAUGUCGCGGGCCGCUUGAAUGAUCUUCAGGAAGAAUACCAGUCGCAAAGCAUCACAGAAUAUCCCCUUGUAUCGAAAUCUAAAAAAUUUCGAGGGUUCCAGUCCGUGUUAACCGGGUUUUUCGACUCUCUCGUUCGGACAAUACAUAGCUCAUCGGUGCUAUAUACCGACAAUGCUUUGAUGGAAAACAUUCAGGCCUGGAUAACCUCAAUGUCCUCCGCCCCUAUUCGACCAUUUAGGCAUACUGCGACGACAAUUUCCCUCGCCAUUGCUACAAGCAUGUGCCAUAUCGCGAAACAGGUUUCAACCACGCUCUCGAAUACCAGGAAACAACUUGAGACAGAAAAAAAGAAAAAGACUACCAACAAGGGUAGAAUCGGGGCUUUGCAAACAAAGAUAAAGGAAAACGAACAAAAGCUUGAGACAAUAGACGGAUUUCUUCAUGAUUCUUUUGAUACCGUCUUCGUUCAUCGAUACCGAGACGUUGAUCCAAAAAUUCGAGCUGAGUGCAUUACCGCUCUUGGUGUUUGGAUUGCCACCUACAGGCAGGUAUUUUUUGAAGGACAGUACCUUCGAUACCUAGGUUGGGUGUUGUCUGAUACUGUCCCUCACACACGAUCAGUUGUCGUUCAUCAGCUUUACCGUUUGUUUCAAAACAAGGAUAAUAUUCCCGGACUCAAAGCUUUCACCGAGCGAUUUCGUCCUAGACUUGUGGAAAUGGCCGUACGGGAUGCUGAAACCAGUGUUAGGGCGGCAGCCGUUGAAUUAUCGGACCUUAUCCGUGAUGCCGGAUUGCUAGAACCAGACGACAUUGACAGUGUUGGGCGACUUGUUCUUGAUAGUGAGGCACGCGUACGUAAAGCGGCUGGCAAGUUCUUUGUAGCCAACAUUCAAGAUGUCUACGAUGCACAAACUGAAGGUCUAGAGGAAGAACUUAAUGAGUCAUUUGCUGAUGAAGAUGAUGACGAGGAUUUCAAAUCUCCCAAAAAGUCGUGGAUAAAAUAUAAAUGCCUGGUCGAUAUGCUCCAAGCUUACGAUGAGCAGCAGUCUGAGCUGGCGGAGGACCAGGAUAUCUCAACCAGAAAAAAUCUUUUUGCCAGCCAUCUGGAAUCUAGAUUUGCGCUCGCCACGGAGAGCAUAUUCUCUCAUUUCCCGGAAUUAAGUCAAUGGGAGUCUUUGGCAGGAUACCUACUUUAUGAUCACUCGCAAAUUGCAGAAUCAGAGGGUGAGGAUGCCAGCAAUACCAUCAAACAACUAUUCAAGCUAGAUGAGGGCCAAGAGGCGAUUCUCUUAGAAGUCUUAAGCGCUGCAGUGAAGCUUCACAUUCAGGAGGUUUCCAAAUCGGACACAGACAAGAAAGGCAGGAGAACGAAGCAAUCAGUGGAGAUGAUGGAAGCUAGGCAAGAAACUAUUGCCCACGACCUUGCACAGAUUAUACCUCAACUUCUGAACAAGUUUGGCGCUGUCCCAGAAGCUGCGUCGGCAGUGUUGAAACUCGAGCAUCUCGUCAAUCUAGACCUCAUCCAAGACUUGCAAAAGGAUGCCGCAUCAUAUGCUGAGAUCCUGAAUAACAUUAACAAGCAGUUCUUGACACAUUCCGAUCGAGUCGUGCUCGCCGAAGCCACUGCGGCGUUCCUUCAUGCUCGUACGUCCGAUGAGCUUAAGGAAGCGAUGGAGAAUAAAGUACAGGAACUAUGGGACGAUACGCUGGAUUCACUACGCUCAGUUGUGGCAAACAAACAUGUCCAGGAUAACGGCACUCUCCCCGUUAGCACUCUUACCUCUCUCUCCCACACGGUUAUGAGAAUCUCGAAUUUAGUCAGUAUCUCAGAUUGCACAUCGAUACUGGAAUCAUCGGCCGAGAACACGAGGAAAAAGACGCUCGAAACACAGCCCCUUGUCGAUGUAUUAUUGUCUCUGACGAAACGAGCACUACGCGAAAAUAGUUCCGACGAGGAGGUCAUUUCGUUAGAACGUGAACUACUGACUAGUACGUUCAAGACCCUGCUCGUUUAUUUCAUGUGGAAAGUCCAGUUGCUCCGUGCUGGCGUUUCGAGAAAAUCACCUUUAGCAGGAGAAUUCUUUGAAGCUCUAUCAGAACGCCGAGAAUCAUUUCUUGCCACACUCACGGCGAUCAUGCAGCAGGGGAAAGGGAUCAGCCAUAUAAGGAUAGCCGCAGCUACAACUUUGUUGGAUUUGCAAACCGCAUUUGGCACUUUGCGUUAUGCAGCUUCAGCCAAAACUACGAACCCUGACGAUGAAACGGUCGCGCAAAUCGUUGAACUCGUACAGGACAUUCCCCCGACCACAUCUUCCUUGAUAUUCCGUAUACAUGACAGUGUCUUGAAGGUUUAUGCGAAAAAGAUACAUCACUCUGUUGAAGUGCUGUCAGACGAUGAAGCGCCUUUAGAUUCCCAAUCUGACAUUGGAGACAGCUCUGAUGAGGAGAUGGAGGACGACGAGGAUGCGGUUCAGUCCAGUGCGCGCCGUAUGCGCUCACAACUCCUCUCUGAGCAAGAGCUUUGCCAAUACACUGGCAAGAUCGUCCUGGCUAUCAUUGGUCAUGUUCUAGAUUCGUCGGGCCCGCAGGCUGGGAAGUUCAAAGAGAAAUUACUGCGGAAUAAAUCACGGCUGGGUCACAACUACAAGGCUAUUCUAACUUAUCUAGACCAGAACAAGACAGCGUCGUCGCAAAAUGCAUCGAAACCGAAUGCUAAUGCACCGGCUCAACGCUCUAAUGGCAAUGUCGGGGGAAUGAGAAACGGCAAUGUUAAAUCUACGGAAAUGGUAGUUGAAGACGACGAAGAGGAGGAAGAUGACGAUGAUUUACGGGCUAGAGAAGCCACAGAAAACGAUAGUGAGUUGGCAGCCGAGGGUCGCGGCGACUCGCCUCUCACGCCUGUCGGCGAUGAUAUGAUUAGUGAUUGA